AUGACGAGUUUGGGCAUCAAUCUGAGCACAGCUAACCGCGACACCGAGGAGUGUCACCGAAUACGACGGGUCACCGUUUUCUAUGUAACACCUGAAGCUAAAAGUCCGUCUGAGAAGUUCCUGAGGGGAGAUGAAGUGAACGGGAGCCGAGUGAUGGAAAACCAACAGGACGACUCGAGAGGAGCUAGUCAGGCAGCAUGGAUUCUCCAGAAAGCCAGGGUGGCGCUGGCAGUGGCAAUAAUAAGGAACAGGCCCCCGGGUAUGAGUGGCAGAGAGCACGCUGAGGCUUUAGGCUGCAAGCUGAGGACUCGGGAUGAAAGCUGGAAGAAGAAAGCCCAGGAGCUGCAGCAGGAGGUGCUGAGUCUGCGUCAGGAAUCACUGAUCAACAGAGUGACGUCCAACACAAAGAGCUCCACCGAGGCAGCAGGUAGGACUCUGCUGUGCAUGUGUGCACAGAACCUGCUGAGGAGAAGGGUUCAGAUGUGUUAG